CAAUGACGUUGAGCUUACGCUUUCUUUCAGCACUUCGACACCUCGUAUCCUGAUUCAAGUCAAACCAACAAGAACCUUUAUGGGAUCCGCAGAGUUAUGCAGGGGUAUCUGUUAACAUGUCCACAGAACCCAUUUGGUGUAUGCAGUAGUCGCUCGUUUUUCUCGACCUUAUGAGAAAGCCACAUGUGCAUAUCCCGGAUGUCACGACACUGCGCAUACUUGCCUUCGCCAUUACCCAACGGUUGUCGGCUUCCUCAUGUGGGGAUUGUCCCUGAUAUAUAUCCCCUCCUACCCGGGUGCUUACGAUCUGAGCCUCCAGCCUCGAGCUGUUACUCAAAAGCUGAUCCUCCAUACUAUCAAUAGUUGACAGUCCCAGUCCUGGUUCAAAACGGAGGUACCAGCUCAAACCUCGAGGCUCAUGGAUAUUAAAAGAUGCAAGUCACCAUAGUCCCUCUCCAUCCCUGACAUCUUCCCAUGUUUUGGUCCCGGGUUCUGGAUCUGCAUGAUUUGCUUCCGUUACUCCGUCGACUCACUUAGCCGUUACUAGCCUUUACUGCUUUUGGAGCAAUACCGGCCUCCUCGCGAAAUUUUAUUUUCCAAAGGAAAGCCCUUCAUAACAUUGUAACCUUCAAGGAAGCCUCAAGGCUCAUGGGAAAUGAUCACGGACCAUGCCGGAGCAGUGCCACUUCUCCUUAUAAUGAUUGUUCAGAACCUUCUCGUGCGAGUCGCCCGGCUCGUCCAUCUUUUACUUUUAUCCAGAGAUGUCCCCUUGGGCACACAACUCACCCAGUCAGCACCUUCCGCAAUCCCUAUAUGAGCUCUCUUCGAGACUUGCUGCCCCCGGUUCGAGGUCACUCACGCUGGAGCGUUAUUCAUCAUCAUCACACCACAUCCAAGUUAGCAGGGGGACGGUAACGUUCAGCGAGAGGAGCGAUGGGACUUCACGAGAAGGGACCCAUCGUCGUCCGUCCGGUAUGGUCACACCUGCCAGAGCUCCACUUCAUUCGGAUUACUACAAACCAAGCAAAGUGCGGAGUUCUGCUGGGGAUCGGAAACUCCGGGCUCUGCCUCCUGAAAUACUGAUUCAAGUCUUUGAGAUGCUUUUUGAUGACCACAACUCGGCGCUACUUUCCAAGGAACAAGCCCUUCGGGCUCUGAACCGUUCGAUUCAAAUGCUCAGUCGAUGCUGUCUCGUGUCAAGGCUCUGGUAUUCUGCAGCAAGAGGUGUUCUUUAUACACGCCGGCUAGUUCUAUGCAAUAUCAAAACGGCCAGAUUGCUACUUCGAACGUUACAGGGGAAUACUGGGAGUCCUUACCCAGUACGCCACCUUUGCUUCUGUUACCAGAACCCCUAUGACGCUGUUGGGGAACAGACUUUUGCGCAGAUUGUUACACGCAUCGUGUCUCUCUGCCCAGAAUUAUGGUGUCUGGAAGCAGAAUGGGGACCCUUAGAGUUUCCGUUUCUGGCCUCUCUCCCCGUGUUUCAGUCAUUACAAUGGCUUCGAGUGACUAGCCAGUACCUCGACUUGCUUGCCCCCCUUCUACCUCACCUUCCCAAUCUUACUCGCCUAAAUAUCAUCUACCUCAUUGCCGACUCUUCGCGUCCCGGUCGAGAAAUGAGGCGUAUAGCACCCCCCACAUUCCGCCUCAAGACUUUGCAGCUUUCCCAAGCUGAACUCACGCUGUCUCAAUACCAAUGGUUACUCGCCAGUUCAUCCCAUUCACUCGAGUAUCUAGAACUGCAGCAACUUUCACGUUCUGCAGAUUUGUUGGGACGCACAAUCGGCCGAGCUGUUAGCUCACUUCACGUAAAAGGUCCCGCCGACAGCCCGCGGAAGGGUGAUCCCGAUCUUGUUGACGCAUUGCCACAUUUUCCAAAAUUGAAAAGCCUUCGGGUUUCUGGGUACGGUUGGCAAUGGCAGAAGUUAUUUUAUAACAUAGCAGCUGACCUGCGAUCCCUCGCUGUCACGUACUCGAGAGACGCGGCUGAAAUACUGGUAGUGGCGUUGGCAAAUCCCAAGUGGCAACCUGGGCUGAGGACUGUGACCGCGUUUCAUUAUGCUGGAGGUGGCAAUGAAGUCGGACGGAGCCUAGAUGCGCAGCUGGAGUAUGCUUGUUCGAAAAGGGCGAUAAACUUGUUUCGAGUUCCAGGUGGUACGAUUAUGUAGGUUACUGCCUGUCUCAAAAGUAUCUCCUCCACAUGUAUCCUGAUAUGUAUUAUGUAUAUGUAGUUUCUUGUACAUUAACUAACUAUAAGUAGAUCGCACGCUCGCCUUCAGCCCGU